UUUUAUUUCUUUUUAUCCUCAUUCUUUUAACCUUAUUCCCUUCCUUUCCUUUAAUCUACUCAUUAUGAGAUUCACCCUUGUUUCAUCCUGCGUUGCACUUCUUGCUGUAGCUUUAUCAGUCGAUGCAGCACCAGAUGGCAAGAAACUUUCCUUCAAUUUAGAAAACAACAAUAAUUAUAAGCCAGAUGCCAAACGUGCUGUCCUCAGAGCGAACGCCAAGUACAGUACCACACCCUUUGCUCCUGUGCACAACAACAUUGGCACACUAUCAGCUUUGGAUACUGGCUCGGUUUCUGUUGUCGAUCAUGAAAACGAUCUUGAAUAUUACGGAACUGUCAAACUUGGCACACCUGCUCAAAAGUUUAAAGUAAAUUUCGAUACUGGCUCUUCAGAUUUCUGGCUUGCUUCCACAUUGUGUUCAACUUGUAAAUCGCAUACCCGCUACAAUCCCAAGAAAUCUAAUACUUACUCCAAAGAUGGCCGAAAAUGGAGUAUUUCAUAUGGUGAUGGCUCAACUGCAAAUGGUAUCCUGGGAAAAGAUACAUUAAACAUCGGUGGCAUAACUAUCAAAAAGCAAACAUUUGGUUUAGCCAAGAUGGAAUCCAGCAGUUUUGCAACCGAUCCUGUAGACGGUCUUUUAGGUCUCGGUUUUAACAAAAUUACUACUGUCAAAGGUGUCAAGACACCAGUUGAUAACAUGAUCAGCCAAGGUUUAAUUACCUCUCCAAUUUUUGGUGUUCAUCUUGGUAAAGCUAGUAAGAACGGUGGUGGUGAAUUCCUGUUUGGUGGUUACAAUAAAAAGAAAUUUAAGGGCUCCUUGACUACUAUUCCUGUCGAUAAUUCCAAGGGAUUCUGGAGCAUUACCAUGAAGAGUCUUAAAGUUGGAUCCACAAAAGUAUCUGGAUCGUUUGACGGCAUCAUUGAUACCGGUACCACUCUACUGAUCUUUACUAACAACAUGGCAAAGAAGGUUGCUAAAGCAUAUGGCGCAUCUGACAACGGCGACGGCACCUUCACUAUUUCUUGUAAUACUUCUAAACUUAAGCCUCUUGUAUUUGCUAUCGGAAAUAAGACUUUCAAAGUCCCCACCGAUUCUCUUGUUUUCCAGAAAAUCGGAUCUCACUGUAUUGCUGGAUUUGGAUAUAGUAACAUUGAUUUUGCUAUUAUCGGUGAUACAUUCUUGAAGAACAACUACGUUGUCUUUAACCCAAAGGUUCCUAAUGUUCGUAUUGCUGCAUCGAUCGAUCAAUAAUUCUUUCAUAAAUACAUUAUGUAAAUGACAGAAGGAUAUACGUUUUAUUGUUUACAAGUAUUAAUAAAUAAUCUUUUUUCGCCUGAAAAACAAC